UCUCCCCGGCUGUCUGCAGGCAGCUCUGCUCCUUCCCCGAAGCGGGGGCUCAGGGGCCCUUUCCAUCAAGGUUGAACCUCUAGUGCCUGCUUUCCUUGAGAAGCAGCUGCCAACUGAUGGCAGCCAUGCCUUGGAGAAUGCUGAUCUCUUUCCUUUUCAUGCUUAUGCACAAAGCCACCCCUGAAGCACUAUGUACUUCACGUGAAUCCAUUACCGUACUAGAAGGGGAACAUUUCUACUUGAAGUGCUGCCAGGAGUCAAGCUCUCCAUCUCCUCAGAUUAGAAGAAAGCUGGUAAAAUGGUAUAAAGGACCAGUGAACGAUUCAGUGGAGCUGAAUUCCAGGUCAAUGAAGAGACUGGCUUUUAAAGAAGACAUUUUGGAGUUUUGGCCAGUGGAAAUGAGUGACCGUGGAACUUACUACUGCACCAUCCAAAAUGGAGAUCACAUUUCCAAAUUAGCACCCUGGGAUUUGAAAGUAAUCAGAAGAGACAAAGACAGGUGUUUUAACUCAACUCAUAUAACUUCUAAGCCUGUGGAAGUCGGAAAGGCCUUGAACAUCGACUGUACCAAUGAUUACUACCAAGAAACAGCCUUCAACAAGUCACUGAUUACGAACUGUUCCAGUUUCACAGAGACCAAUACAGCAAAUGUCAAUGCCGUUUUGGGCAAAAAUGGAGUGGUGGAAGAUGCUGGAUAUUAUACCUGUUUUUUUUUCUUUUAUCAUGAGGGAAAGAUCUACAAUGCUACUAAAACAUUUGAAGUAACCAUAAACCAAGCUAACCAGUUGGUAAAUCCAACAAUUCUUGGUCCACAAAUUGUUGAAGUUGAAGUUGAAUUAGGAAAAGAGGAAGUGCUCAACUGUACUGUUUCCGGAGGUGAUUUAAGCGACUGUUUCAUUUACUGGAUUCCAUUUCCCAACAAUACGAGGUUGGAAGAGAUUAAUCUGAACAACACGUAUAUGAAUGACAAAAUUUAUGCUUCAAGUAUCCUGAGAAUUAAACAUGUGGAAGAGAAGGACUUUAAUACUGACUUUAAUUGCACUUUGCUGUCUGCAUCAACUACGCAAGUCAGAAUAUUUAGAUUGAUCAAAAAAGUUCCUGCAGACAUCCCUAAAUUUGUCUUCACAGCAGGAAUGAUCGCAGCAGUUUCUUCUUCGGCUGUACUUGUGUUUAUAGUGGUUUUAUGUGUCAUUUGUAGAGUUGACCUAGUGUUACUGUACAGGGACCUAGCUGGAAAAGAUGAGACCUUAGCAGAUGGAAAAACCUACGACGCUUUCGUAUCCUACCAAAGUGAUAAUCAAGAGGAGAACAUAUUUGUUCUAGAGAUUUUGGCCAGGAUUUUAGAAGACCACUUUAGGUAUAAGUUAUGCCUAGUUGAUAGGGAUGUUGCUCCAGGAGGAGCCGUGGUUGAUGGUGUCCAGUCACUUAUUGAAAAAAGCAGGAGGCUAAUCAUUGUUCUAAGUCAAAAGUACAUGAGAGGGCCCAAAUAUGAGCUUAGCAGUGGGCUUCAUAAUGCGCUGGUGGAAAAAAAAAUUCAAAUCAUCCUGAUCGAAUUCUUGCCACUUAAUGAGUCUGACUACUUGCCUCAAUCCCUGGAACUUCUGAAGCCUCACAGCAUUUUAAAAUGGAAAGGAGAAAAGUCUCUACCUCACAAUUCCAGAUUUUGGAAGAAUCUCCGGUACCUAAUGCCUGUGAAGGGUUCCAAGUCGAGUUUCUGUAAUCUGUCGUCCUUCGCUUCAGAUUCUGGGUCAGAAUCGCUGCCUGUGCUUCCAAAAUCUUCAUUUUCAACCUGACCAAGCAGUGAAGACCGUGUGUUUGGAUGGAAUGAGAGCAUUAGGGGAUCAGUGGAAGACUGGAUUUGAAAUUGUUUGACCAUCCCCAGCCUUCCACCAAAUGGUGGUCUUGUCAUCCAGAUGUUCAAAAAGAUAUGCAAAGCUUGUUGCACCUCAGUGUCCCCAGGAUUAUGUGGCAUUUCCAGAUCUUGACCCCAGAGCCUCCUGAAAUGUAAAGCAAAUAACAAUGGUCUCUUUCUUCCCUUUCCUCGCCCCAACUCAUUUACCGUUUUUUGCCUUAUUAAGAUUCUCUACUUAUUUAAGUGCCUAAGAACUGUGGCAAUAGAUAUGUCAGAAGGUUGGUAGUUAUUUCUUUUACCUGCAAAGCCAUUAUUUGAAUGCUAGCAACAUUACUGGGGUUAAUUGAAGGGUACAGAUGACUCUUAAAUGUGGAUUUGGCAGGGUGUUGCAACUUAGGCAGCAUGGGCAGAGUUGGGUUGUGGCAAUGUUCAGGCCCUAGUAGGGACACAACAGAGGUCAAUGGCCAGAGGGGUAAGUAGGAAAUUUCAUCUUAUAGCACCUGUCACCUAGGAAGUGCAUUUCUUAAUGGAUAGUGGAGUACUUUCCCAGAAUCCUCUGGGAAUUAAAUCUAAGUAGCAAACUGGGCAGUCAAAAUUAUGGGCAGGGAACAGGUCUUUCA